AUAAAAUCAAUCUUCAUUACUAUAUCUCUGAUAGUUUUUGUUUCUUCUUCUGUUGCUUAAAUUUGUUCCAUUGUUAUUCCUGAAACCCUUAAAAAAAUCAAGACACCUUGGACCACGACUAGUACAGUUUUUAUUCUAGUACAGUUGCUGACUGUGUGUUUGUAUGUGUGUGUGUAUAGUGUGUAUAAACUUGCAUUUUUGUGCUGUUCCAAGAGACUUUGUUUUCCAAGAUUUUGAGCCUACUAUUUGUCUAUUGAAUUCAUUUUUCCCCUGGAGAUCUGUUGCCCAGAGCCCCCUGUCUGGGUUUGUGAUUUUCUAGGCAUGUUAUAUUAUCUUCUAUCUCUGAGCUUUACUGCUCUCCUUAAUUAGAGCUAUUAUUUCCCUGUAUUCCAUCUUCUUUAUUUUUUUUUCUAUACCCUCUUUCUUUGUUGAAGUCCUUGGUAAUUUUCUAAUACCCUCUAAUACCCUCAUACUUGACUAAUGAUUUGCUUUUACAUAGAAUCCAAAGUUGAAUGUCACUUUUCCUUCAAAUUUUGUCUCGUUGUUUCUUAGCCUUCUAGCAUUUAAUGUUGCUGCUCUGUUGCCUGAUACUUAUAUAAGGCUUGCUGCAUUGUUAGGUUACCUUUCCUCCAACCCAGCUUUAGGAUCUUCUCUUUACCUUUUGAUGUUCUGAAAUUGCAGUGAUAUAUCUGCAUUAGCCUUUCAUUUAUUUUCCUGGGCACUUGGUGGGCCUUUUCAAUUUGGGGCGUGUUCUCUUAAACUCUGGGAACUUUUCUUGUGUUUUCUCUGCAAACUCCUGGAAGACAGAUGUUGGCUGGUGCUUUUUACCUAUUUCUUGCAUCUUUCCAACAUUUUGCUUUAUAUCUUUCUAGAUAUUUAUUGCCAUAUUUUCUACCUCUUUGAAUAUUUCAUUUUGACAAAUAUUUUACUGUUUCUAAGAAAUCUUUCAUGUGUCCUCUUUAUUCCAUGUUUUUGGUAGUAGUCUAUUCUCACAGGGAUAUACAGUAGACUUUUGAAUAAUGUGGGAUUUAGGGGUACAGAACCUCCAUUCUUUGCAUUCAGAAAUUCAUAUAUAACUUUUAUCUUCCUCCUAAUAGCCUAUGUUGACUGGAAGCCUUACUGAUAGCAGAAGCAGCUGAUUAACACAUAUUUUGUAUAGUAUAUGUUAUGUGUAUUAUAUACUGUAUUCUUACAAUAAAGUACACUAGAGAAAUAUUAAGACAAUCAUCAAAAAGAGAGUACGUAUUCAUUAAGUGGAAGUAGAUCAUUAAAAAAGUCUUCACCCUCAUCUUCAUGUUGAGUAGGUUGAGGAGGAGGAAGAAGAGGGGCUAGUGGCUAGUCUUACUGUUGCACGGGUGGCCGAGAUAGAAGAAAAUUGAUAUAUAAGUGGAACUGCACAGUUCAAACCCAUGUUGUUCCAGGGUCAAGUGAAUAAGUGUCUCUUUAGAUGUAGUCUGAAUUAAUUUUUGUAUUUGUUUAUUUUGAUCUUUCUUGUAGUACUGCAUGCUUUCCCCAAAGGUCAGAUUGUUUUUCGUUGGUUGUUAAUGUUUACAAUUAAUAGGAAGUCUAGUCAUGUUUUGCUGUGGGAUAAGUAGGCUUUAGAUAGAUAGCCUAAGGUUAUUUUGGGGAACCAGGGUAAGAAGUACCUUAUCAUUAGGUGAUAACUGUCCUAUUUCCUUCAGUUCAUUCAAUUUAAGUUCAGGGUUAAGAAAAUACUUUCUCUUACUUUGGGUUCAAUGCUUGGUUGUAGGCCUUGCUGGGUAUUCAGGUGGGGGAGGAGAUGAGGUUGACCUCUCAGUAUUAAGGCUUUCAGUUAAUCCUUAAUGUCUAGCCCAGCUCACUACUUACGCUAUCUAUCAUUUCAUUUUUAGAGGUUCUAAAAGUUUGUUGGACAAGGUUGUUCACAGCCUCUUAAGCCUCAGCUUCUUUGGACCCUGGGCUGUGACUUUUUUGUGCUCUGUUUUAGUUAUCUUUUCUAUUCAGUUUUCUCUUCAUCUCCUAGAAAUGUAUUUAAAUCUUUGAUUUGCUUUUGGUCUUCUCUUUAUUCAUUUUGUUGUUACAGGUUUUUACCUUCUAUUCCUUCUCAUUUUAAUGGGAUUUGGGGAUGGGGAGAGAAAUAAAGAUGUACAAAGUCUGCCGUAUUGAAUCAGUGACUCUUUUAAUUAAGUCAUAAUAAAUAUAAAAUUUCUGGCAUACAGUAAUUCUUACUUAGGGAUUUUGGAACCCUCUCCAUUAUUAUCUUGAUGGUUAUUUCUUUCAUGGUGUAUUCGCAUUACUUUCCUUGCUUUCAGAUUUUUUCACCUGUUAGUAAUAUUAAUCUUGUGUUAGUAAUAAAGCUAUUAACAAACUUAUCUGAGUUUGCAGGGUUCUCCGGAGAAACAGAACCAAUAGACUGUGUGUGUGUGUGUGUGUGUGUGUAUUUAUAGCGAGCGAGAGACAGAGAGAGAGGGAGAAAUUGAUUGAUUGAUUUUAAGGAGUUGGCUUACGUGAUUGUGGAGACUGGCUGGCAAGCCCAAAAUCUGCAGGGUAGGAUGGCAGGCUGGAGACGUAGGGAAGAUUUGAUGUUGCAGUUUGAGUCCAAAGGCAUUUUGGAAGCAGAAUUUCUCUUAUUCAGGGGACCUCUAUUUUUGUCUCUUCAGAGACAAUUGGUUGUGGCUGACCCACAUCAUGGAGAGUGAUCUUUUUUACUCAAGUCUUUUGAUUUAAAUGUUAAUUAUUUAAAAAAUACUUUCACAGCAGCAUUUAGACUUGUGUUUGACCACAUAUUGGGGCAUCAUGGCCUAGCCAAGUUGACAUAUAAAAUGAACCAUCUCUCACGACAGAAAAGUUGAUGUGAGUUAAUGCAUGCAUGUUAAUUAAUUUGAUUUAGCCAUUCCACAGUGUAUACAUGUUUCAAAACAUGUUGUACACCAUAAACAUAUAUUAUUGUCAACUAAAUAAUUAAAAAAUCAAAUUAACCAUCAUAGUAAGGUCCCCAAAACUCGGAACAUGAUAAAUUAUUCUUUGAACUGCUAUUUUAUAUAUGUUGUCAUGAAACUAGUGUUAAUCUUAGGAUUUUUGAGAAAGUGGUUUCAAGAUGAGUAUUGUAGGCAAAUGCAGCUUAAAAAGAAAACCCCCGACUCUUUUCUCAUAAGGAAUUGUAUAUAUAAAGGAAAUUGAAAAAAUAGUUAAUAUGUGUGGAUGUUAAUGUACUAAAUACUGUGCAAAACCACUUUGCUAGCGCUGUCUUAUUAAAUCUUCACGAAAACCUUAAGAGCUGUAGAUACUACAGGUUGAGUAUCCCCUAUUUAAAAUGCUUAGGACCAGAAGUACUUCAGAUUUUGGAUUUUAUUUUUUGGAUUUUGGAAUAUUUGCGUUAUACUUACUGGUUCAGCAAGCCUGCCUAAUCUGAAAAUCCCAACUCCAAAAUGCUCCAGUGAGCAUAUCCUUUUGAAUGCCAUUUUGAUGUUCAAAAAGUUUUGUAUUUUGGAUUUUGAUUUUAGGGUUAAGGAUACUCAACCUGUAUUACUAAUCUCAUUUUGUAGCCCAGUAAACUGAAGUUUUGAGAAUGGUUAAUUUCCCAAGGUUAUUAAUAUGUAAGUCAUAGUACAUGGAUUACAAUCAUUCUAAUUUUUGUUGCCUUCAAGUACGUAAGUUCUGUUAAGAUCAGUGCUCUAAAUCGGUUCUCAGAUUUCGUUUAGCUUUGUAGUCAGCAAGAUUAGGAUGUUAUUUUGUUUUUUUGUGUGUGUGUGUUUCUUUUUAGUUUUGUUCUUGAAAGAACAAAGAAGAUGGUUCUCUUUCCUGUUUAAAGAAUAUACGUGUGUUUGUGUUAAUUCUAUGGUAUGAGUGCCCGAAAUGGCGCUUAGUUAUUUUCCGUAGGCACUUGAACCAUUCGCUGUUUUAACCGGAGUUUAAUAUAGAAGAGGUAAGUAUAAUUUUUAUACUCCGUGUGACCCAUAGUUAACCCGGACCAUCCACAGACUACUCACCAGUCGUCAGGGAGUUGAACAUGCAUAUCUGUGGACCAAACCGAUGAUGUUUCUCUGCACCUACCAAAGGGAAUCGGGUUCCCACAUGCACUUAGGAAAAAAGAAAGACCACGUGGGUGCCAGAUAUUGGGCGAAACCCCACCCCUGAUACUCAACGUGGGUUCUUUUCUAUUUUCCUAAGCGUCAACUGGUCUGAGAAAUAAAGGGAAAGAGUACAAAAGAGAGAAAUUUUAAAGCUGGGUGUCCGAGGGAGACAUCACAUGUCGGCAGGUUCCGUGGUGCUCAUGGCUCUUAGUUAUUAAAGACCAAGGACUUUAGAGAGAAAAACAGUCAUUGGCCAGUGAUUUAGUUAAUCUUGAAUACCAGAGAAGUGCUCUAAAAAUGUGCCUUUGUUAAGUGCCAACAGGUAGACGUGUACUGCAAGCUACUUGAACCCUUCUUUAUCAGAUAAGGUUGAUUCAGGAUGGAAUUCAUCUAGAUAUAAGGAAAAAACCUCUAACUUCAUACUCAUUUUACAGUUGAAGAAAUUGUGGUUUAUGAAUAAACAUUACCUUGGAUUUUUUUUUUUGUACAAAUUAGCUGAUUUUGACUUUAUUCAUUUAUUGAAUGUCUGUUAUAUGUCAGGUAAUAUGCUAGGCAGUGGACAUACAAUGUUGAGUAAAACAAAACUCGAUCUCUUCUUACGGAGCUUAAAGUUUAGUAUAGAAAUAAUUUUUCCUCUUAUUUUCCCAGGAUGUUUAGUAAGUCUAUUUAUUUAACGUAAACUUACUGGGAGAGGUUGUCUUCCGUGAGUUUUGAGUGUUCUUGAGCUUUCUUGCUCAGCAUGGCAAGAAUGCAAGGUCCUGACCACUCUUUUCCUGGACCGUUUCUCAGGGUCGUAAUUAUAGCAAGCAGCAUUGAAGGAUGACAUUACAUUUGCUCUCUCACCUCCACUUCUUAAGUCUACAUUCAGCAGGCUUGCUUACUGCUCACUAUAAAAGGCAAUGCCUUCUCAACAAUAUUCCUCUCGUGUAUUUCAACCCAUUGUGUGUGUAGGCAUCUAUAUAGGCAUACCUGUGUUGUCCCUGUGGAGCUUGAGGAGACAGGGGGAUCUUGUCAUCGUGCUGCUUGCUGUGCCAUGGGUGACAGAGUUCAUUGUCUUUUACCCAGUACCCUUGUGUCUUCUGUCAGUGAACAUGAAUCAGUAAUAGGCUAGUUCAUUAGUUUGUGAAUAAGGUAAAAAUCCCAGACCCUUUACAGUUCUUGCGGUUCUCAACAUUACUGUGUUUAAUCCCAGGAAUUAUUUAUGGAGGUUUAGCAAUACUUUAAUUAUUAAAAAUGUUUAAAUUUAAAUAAUUUACCUCUAGGAAGGCGGGGUUUGCAACUAUGUAUGUUAUUCAUACUGACACUAGAAUAUAGACAUUUAGUAAACUUUGACUGGAAAAAUGCACAAGGAGAAGGUGGGACCAGAUAAUGAGACUAGAAGUUAAUAAAAUGUGUGAUGCAGGUGCGGUACAACUUUGCCUCACAGAUUUAUAGCAAUUACUGUUGAAGAGGAAACAUUCCAAAGUAAAGAAUACAGUGUCCUGAAUGUAAAAACAAAUUUAGUAUCCAGGAAAAGGGAAAUCAUUUUUGACACUAAAACUGGAAAGAAAUUUCAACCAGUGUGAUAUGAAAAAAUCCUUAACAUAAUUUCAGUGAACAUAGGACUUUUUCUUAUAUCCCUCAAUAUAUAUUCCAGUAUGAGCAGUAUUACAGGGGCUAGCAUCAUGGUCUGACUGAUCCAAUCCCAGGAUAGAUUUUAGCUUGUCUUUCAAACAGCCUACCUUGGAUAUCAGUUGUCACUAGAUUUUUAAAUAUAUUGAUAAGAAGAUAAGUUAUGUGAUACUAUCUGAGAACUGUUGAGAAUGUAAUUAGCCUUUUGUUUUAUUUUGCCCUAUACAUAAGUUUUAUUAAUCAUCAGGGCUGGGUAUGAGAUUGCAUAAAUUCAGGCUCUGAUAAGAGUGUUUGUUAGAAUAGGAGGCUGUUCUGCUGUCCUUGUAGAGCAGGGGUCCCCAAACUGUGGGCCAUGGACCAGUACCAGUUCAGGGCCUGUUAGGAACCCAGCUGCACAGCAACAGGUGAGCUGCGGGCAAGUGAGUAUUACCGCUUGAGUUCUGCCUACUGUCAUGUCAGCGUUGGCAUUAGAUUUUCAUAGGAGCGUGAACCCUAUUGUGAACUCUACAUGUGAGGGAUCUAGGUUGUGCUCUGCUUAUGAGAAUCUAAUGUGUGAUGAUCUGAGGUAGAACAGUUUUAUCACAAAACCACCCCCUCAUCCAUGGAAACAUUGUCUUCCAUGAAACUGGUCCCGGGUGCCAAAAAGGUUGGGGGCCGUUGCUGUAGAGGACAGGGCCAAAAUUUUCCUCAAAAAGUUAUUUUGGGGUCCUCUCUAAUGCCUUAAAUAGGCAGGAGUAGCCCCACACCUUCAGACAGGAAGAUCAUUUUGGUGUAUUUUUUGUUUUAUAGCCCACAUUUAAAGUAAGAGCUGGCUGAGUAAAAUUAAUCAAUUUUAUCCUCUUUAGUUCCAAUGAUUUUUCUUGCUGUUUUCUUCUGGUCAUGGCAGGAUUGCAGAAUCCCUUUUUGCCAUUUUUACUGUAGUUGUUCCCUGGAUUCUUUUGGAACUCUGUAGACCUGUGUCUUCUCCUUUUGUACUCUUUUCCGUUCCAUAUUUAUUUGCUUAGUUGGAAGAUCUUCUCAAAAGAUUUCUGAUCUGAAUCUACUGGUGUUGUCGCUAUUUUCUGCCAUCUGUUCUUUCCUAAAAUACUACCUUUUCCUAAUUUUGGUCUUUUGUCAUAGGUUUUUUAUCAUGUCUUUAAGUGAACCAUGAAUGACAAAUUAGUUAUCAAAUAUGUGCUUACAUAACAAGAACGAUAAAUUGUCAUAGAAUGAUUACAUGGAAGUUUCCGGAAGUACGAGAAUAUCCAAAAUGAUGACAUUGUUUAAAGCAUAACUGAUGUCAUUUCUGUUUUCCUGCUAAAGCCAAUUUCCUGUAAACAGAGUCUGAGAUUAGGAUGAGAGCAUUUUAAUGGUUGACAACUCCAGUGGGUACCAAUCUCAGAAGAUACAGUGUGAAUAGUGCCUGUUUCAGUUGUUGGUCUUGACGAUAUUAUGGAUGAAGGAGUUGUUAAAGAAAGUGGCAAUGAUACCAUUGAUGAAGAAGAACUGAUUUUACCUAACAGGAACUUAAGGGACAAAGUAGAAGAAAAUUCAGUGAGAUCACCAAGAAAAUCACCUCGUUUAAUGGCACAAGAACAAGUAAGAAGUUUGCGGCAGAGCACUAUUGCCAAGCGUUCAAAUGCAGCACCAUUAAGUAACACAAAAAAACCAUCUGGGAAGACUGUAUCUACCCCUAAAGCAGGAGUGAAACAGCCAGAAAGGAGUCAGGUUAAAGAAGAAGUUUGUACGCCACUGAAACCUGAGUACCAUAAGGAGAAUAGAAGGAGCAGCCGAAAUAGUGGACAAAUUGAAGUGGUACCUGAGGUAUCAGUGUCUUCAAGUCAUUCUUCAGUGUCAUCUUGUCUUGAAAUGAAGGAUGAAGAUGGAUUAGAUUCUAAGCAUAAGUGUAAUAAUCAGGGAGAAGCAGAUGUACCAUCUCAUGAAUUAACUUGUUCACUUCUUUCAGAGACUUGUGUUACUAUUGGAGAAAAGAAAAAUGAAGCUCUGAUGGAAUGUAAAGCCAAGCCUGUUGGUAGCCCAUUGUUUAAGUUUUCAGAUAAAGAAGAACAUGAACAGAAUGAUUCCAUUUCAGGUAAAACAGAUGAGACUGUUGUUGAAGAAAUGAUAGCAACAAGAAAAGUUGAACAAGAAUCAAAGGAGACAGUAAAAUUAUCCCAUGAAGAUGACCAUAUUCUUGAAGACCCUGGAUCUUCUGAUAGUUCUGGUGAUGCUGCUUGUACAAAUCCAAAUAAGACAGAAAAUAGCCUUGUAGGUUUGCCUAGUUGUGUGGAUGAAGUGACUGAGUGUAAUUUGGAAUUGAGGGAUACCAUGGAUAUUGCUGAUAAAACUGAGAACACCUUUGAAAGAGAUAAAAUUGAACCAUUGGGUUAUUGUGAAGAUGCAAAGUCUAAUAGACAGUUGGAGAACCCUGAGUUUAAUAAAUCAAACUUAGAGGUGGUUGAUACUAGUACUUUUGAACCAGAAAGUAAUAUUUUGGAAAAUGCUAUUUGUGAUGUGCCUGACCAAAAUUCAAAACAGUUGAAUGCUAUAGAAAGUACUAAAAUAGAGUCACAUGAAACAGCAAACCUUCAGGAUGACAGAAACAGCCAGUCAAGUAGCGUUUCUUACUUAGAGUCAAAAAGUGUAAAAUCCAGACAUCCAAAACCUGUAAUUCAUUCUAAGCAAAACAUGACCACAGAUACUCCGAAGAAAAUUGUUGCAGCAAAGUAUGAAGUAAUGCAUAGCAAAACUAAAGUUAAUGUCAAAAGUGUGAAACGAAAUACUGAUGAACCAGAAUCUCAGCAAAAUUUUCAUAGGCCAGUCAAAGUCAGAAAAAAACAAAUUGAUAAGGAGCCAAAGAUUCAGAGUUGCAAUUCUGGGGUUAAAUCUGUGAAAAACCAAGCUCAUUCUGUAUUGAAAAAAACAUUACAGGACCAAACUGUAGUACAAAUUUUCAAGCCCUUAACUCAUUCUUUGAGUGAUAAGUCACAUGCUCAUCCUGGUUGCUUGAAAGAACCUCAUCAUCCUGCACAAACUGGACAUGUAUCACAUUCCAGCCAGAAACAGUUUCAUAAGCCUCAGCAACAGGCCCUAGCAAUGAAAACCAAUAGUCACGUGAAGGAAGAGCUUGAACACCCAGGCAUUGAACAUUUUAAGGAAGAGGAUAAACUGAAACUGAAAAAACCUGAGAAGAACCUACAACCCCGCCAGAGAAGAAGCAGCAGAAGUUUUUCUUUAGAUGAGCCACCAUUGUUCAUUCCAGAUAACAUAGCUACCAUAAAAAGAGAAGGCUCUGAUCAUAGCUCCUCAUUUGAAAGCAAAUAUAUGUGGACUCCCAGCAAGCAGUGUGGGUUUUGCAAAAAACCCCAUGGCAACAGGUUUAUGGUUGGCUGUGGGAGAUGUGAUGACUGGUUUCAUGGUGAUUGUGUUGGGUUAAGUCUUUCUCAAGCACAACAGAUGGGCGAGGAAGACAAAGAAUAUGUCUGUGUAAAAUGUUGUGCUGAAGAAGACAAAAAGACUGAAAUAUUAGAUCCAGAUACUUUGGAAAACCAAGCUACAGUUGAAUUCCAUAGUGAAGAUAAAACAAUGGAGUGUGAAAAGCUUGGAUUAUCAAAACACACAGCAAAUGAUAGAACCAAAUAUAUAGAUGAUACAGUGAAGCACAAGGUCAAAAUUUUAAAACGGGAGUCUGGUGAAGGCAGAAAUUCAUCAGACUGUAGAGAUAAUGAAAUUAAAAAAUGGCAGCUAGCUCCUCUUCGUAAGAUGGGACAACCAGUUUUACCUCGGAGAUCCUCAGAGGAAAAAAGUGAAAAAAUACCAAAAGAGUCUACAACUGUUACUUGCACAGGAGAAAAAGCUUCAAAACCAGGUACUCAUGAGAAGCAAGAGAUGAAAAAGAAGAAAGUUGAAAAAGGAGUGCUUAAUGUACAUCCUCCUGCUGCUUCUGCUUCCAAGCCUUCUGCAGAUCAGAUCAGGCAAAGUGUCAGACAUUCUCUCAAAGAUAUUCUUAUGAAGAGACUUACAGACUCAAAUUUGAAGGUACCAGAGGAAAAGGCAGCAAAAGUUGCCACAAAAAUUGAGAAAGAACUUUUCUCUUUUUUUCGGGACACAGAUUCUAAAUAUAAGAACAAAUAUAGAAGUUUGAUGUUUAAUUUGAAAGAUCCUAAAAACAAUAUAUUAUUUAAAAAAGUACUGAAAGGAGAAGUAACUCCUGAUCAUCUUAUCAGAAUGAGUCCAGAAGAACUAGCUUCUAAAGAGUUAGCUGCUUGGAGACGAAGAGAAAACAGACAUACCAUAGAAAUGAUUGAGAAAGAGCAGAGAGAAGUGGAACGACGGCCAAUCACCAAAAUAACUCAUAAAGGUGAAAUAGAAAUUGAGAGUGAUGCCCCAAUGAAAGAACAGGAAGCAGCCAUGGAGAUUCAGGAACCAGCUGCCAGUAAGUCACUGGAGAAGCCAGAAGGAUCUGAAAAACAAAAAGAGGAGGUUGACUCUAUGUCUAAAGAUACUACUAGUCAACACAGACAACAUCUUUUUGAUCUCAAUUGCAAAAUUUGCAUAGGUCGAAUGGCACCACCUGUAGAUGAUCUUUCUCCAAAAAAAGUAAAAGUUGUUGUAGGAGUAACUCGUAAACAUUCAGACAAUGAAGCAGAAAGUAUAGCAGAUGCGUUGUCUUCAACCUCAAAUAUUUUGGCUUCCGAAUUCUUUGAGGAGGAGAAACAAGAGUCUCCAAAGUCAACAUUCUCUCCUGCUCCACGUCCAGAGAUGCCUGGAACUGUUGAGGUUGAGUCUACCUUUCUGGCUCGAUUGAACUUCAUCUGGAAAGGUUUUAUCAACAUGCCUUCUGUGGCAAAAUUUGUUACCAAAGCCUAUCCAGUAUCUGGCUCCCCUGAAUACCUGACAGAGGACCUACCAGAUAGUAUUCAAGUAGGUGGCAGGAUAUCACCUCAGACAGUUUGGGAUUAUGUGGAAAAAAUAAAAGCAUCAGGAACCAAGGAAAUUUGUGUGGUUCGCUUCACACCAGUAACUGAAGAAGAUCAAAUUUCUUAUACUUUGCUCUUUGCAUACUUCAGUAGCAGAAAGCGCUAUGGAGUAGCUGCUAACAACAUGAAGCAGGUUAAAGAUAUGUACCUUAUUCCUUUGGGUGCCACAGAUAAAAUUCCACACCCUCUUGUGCCUUUUGAUGGACCUGGGCUUGAACUGCAUAGACCUAAUCUAUUGUUGGGCUUAAUUAUUCGUCAGAAACUGAAGAGGCAGCACAGUGCCUCUGCUAGUACGAGUCAUAUAGCUGAGACUCCUGAAAGUGCACCAAUAGCAUUGCCACCUGAUAAAAAAAGUAAAAUAGAAGUUUCUACAGAAGAAGCACCAGAGGAAGAAAAUGACUUUUUUAAUUCCUUUACAACUGUAUUACACAAGCAGAGAAAUAAACCUCAGCAGAAUCUUCAGGAAGACCUUCCAGCAGCAGUUGAACCUUUAAUGGAAGUCACCAAACAUGAGCCACCAAAACCUUUAAGAUUUCUUCCUGGCGUAUUGAUUGGCUGGGAAAAUCAACCUACUACUCUGGAAUUAGCAAAUAAACCUCUUCCUGUGGAUGAUAUACUUCAAAGCCUUUUGGGCACCGCUGGUCAAGUAUAUGACCAGGCUCAGUCAGUGAUGGAACAAAACACUCUUAAAGAAAUUCCAUUUUUAAAUGAGCAGACCAACUCAAAAACAGAAAAAAUAGAUAAUGUGGAAGUCACUGAUAGUGAAAACAAGGAGAUAAAAGUUAAAGUAGAUAAUCUUUCAGAAUCCACAGAUAAGUCAGCAGUAAUAGGAGAAGAAACAUCAAUAGUAGGAUCCUCUUCCAUUUCUGCAGGGCCUUUGACGAGUCUUAGUCUCAGAGGUAAACCACCAGAUGUUUCUACAGAAGCAUUUUUAACAAAUUUAUCGAUUCAGUCAAAACAAGAGGAAACUGUGGAGAGUAAAGAGAAAACAUUAAAAAGACAGCUUCAGGAAGAUCAAGAGAAUAAUUUGCAAGAUAACCAGACUUCAAAUAGUUCUCCAUGCAGAUCUAAUGUAGGAAAAGGAAACAUAGAUGGUAAUGUGAGCUGUAGUGAAAACCCUGUUGCUAAUACAAGGUCUCCACAGUUUAUCAAUCUGAAAAGGGAUCCUAGGCAAGCAGCAGGACGAAGUCAGCCUGUAACUACUUCAGAAAGCAAAGAUGGAGAUAGUUGCAGGAAUGGAGAAAAACAUAUCCUUCCUGGUCUGUCACACAACAAGGAGCACUUAACAGAACAAAUGAAUGUAGAGGAAAAGUUGUGUUCUAUAGAGAAAAACUCAUGUGUUCAGCAGAGUGACAAUUUAAAAGUUGCACAAAACUCGCCAUCAGUAGAAAACAUACAGACUUCUCAGGCAGAACAAGCAAAACCCUUACAGGAAGAUAUUUUAAUGCAAAAUAUUGAAACUGUGCACCCAUUUCGAAGAGGAUCAGCAGUAGCGACAUCUCAUUUUGAAGUUGGAAACACAUGUCCAUCAGAAUUUCCUUCUAAAAGCAUCACCUUUACUUCCAGAAGCACCAGCCCCAGAACAAGUACAAACUUUUCACCCAUGAGGCCACAGCAGCCCAGCCUUCAGCAUCUGAAGUCUAGCCCACCUGGAUUUCCAUUUCCAGGGCCUCCUAAUUUUCCCCCACAAAGCAUGUUUGGAUUUCCACCACAUUUGCCACCUCCAUUACUUCCCCCUCCAGGCUUUGGCUUUGCUCAAAAUCCCAUGGUUCCCUGGCCACCUGUUGUUCAUCUCCCAGGUCAGCCACAGCGUAUGAUGGGUCCUCUCUCACAAGCAUCAAGGUAUAUAGGCCCACAGAAUUUUUACCAGGUUAAAGACGUUCGGAGACCAGAAAGGCGCCAUAGUGACCCUUGGGGUAGGCAAGACCAACAGCAACUGGAUAGGCCAUUUAAUAGGGGUAAAGGGGACCGCCAGAGAUUUUAUAGUGAUUCACACCACUUGAAAAGAGAGCGACAUGAAAAGGAAUGGGAGCAAGAAUCUGAAAGGCAUAGACGCAGAGACAGAAGCCAAGACAAGGACAGAGACAGAAAAAGCAGGGAGGAAGGGCAUAAAGAUAAAGAGAGGGCACGGUUAUCACAUGGUGAUCGAGGAACAGAUGGAAAAGCAAGCAGAGAUAGUAGGAGUGUAGACAAGAAGCCAGAUAAACCUAAAAGUGAAGACUAUGAGAAGGACAAAGAACGAGAAAAAAGUAAACAUAGAGAAGGAGAAAAGGACAGAGAUAGGUACCACAAAGAUAGGGACCACACUGACAGAACUAAAAGCAAAAGGUAAAAUUUGCAGGCUGCUUCAGGAUUACAUUUAAAUAACUGUUAAAUGUUGUAUCUUGUAAACAAAAGAAAGAUUGCCUGCUAGGAUUGUGCCAUCUUUAAAAUUUUUACUAUCAGUCAUUUGCAGAACAGUAAAUUCUGUGUGUUGGUGCAGAGUGUCCUGUACCAGUGCUCAUCAUCCCUUCUUCAUACCAACUGUCCCUAGUUAUAGGAAUUUAAUAUUUUUAAAAAUUUUACAUUGCUGUAUAUUCAAAGAUUUGUUUUAUUAAUAUGCAAUAAAGGCUUAGAAAUUUUAGUUUUAUUCCUUAAUUGGUAAAUAUGGUUAACUAUGGAAUAUAUUUACUGGCUCUAGUGAAUGUCCUUUAUAUAAUGACUAAUUUGGGAGUAAUGUGUGGCUCUGUAAGUUUGUUUUAAAUUGCACUGUUUUUAAAGAAACUGUAGAGGAGCAACAAAAAUCCAAACAACUUCAUAAUCAGAUUAUGCUAAUCAUUUAGUUGAGCAGUUUUUGACCAAGAAUCAGAAGCCCAAGGGGUACAUUUAUUGCUUUAAUCUGCACUCAUUGAAGUCAUUUAUUACCAUGUACUACAGCUUUGUGGUAGGUCAUUGUUUUCAUUUUCAUUUUUGGCUCUUCAGAAACUUGAAUACUUAAGCUUGUACAUGAUCUUGUGUUUUGCUAUCCUUUUUACUGUAAAAUGUAAAUAUUUUAAGGGAUAUUUUGAUUCUAAAUAUGAUAAAAGAAUUUCUCACCUA